ACAUUAUGGGAGGCUGUCCCGUUUUGGCCAACGCAGCCUACACCGAGCGCCACAACAACGUGGCCCGUAUUGUUCAUCGACAACUGGCGCUCCAAUGUGCUCUACUGGAAGACAACGUACCAAACUACCGGUACCUGCCUGCACCUGUCCUGGAAAAUGACCGUUUCAAGCUGUACUGGGAUCGCACUGUUCUGACCGACCUCUCGAUCCACCACAACCGGCCAGAUAUAAUGGUUUACGACAAGAGCGACCGCAAAGUCACCAUCAUCGAUGUCGCUAUUCCACUGAACCAGAAUCUGGAGGAGACCCACGGUCGCAAAAUCUGCAAGUACCGACCAUUGGCCGUGGAGCUCAAGGAACUGUGGGGGCUAAGGGAGGUCCCAAGAAUUGUUCCAGUCGUUCUCUCUGGAACUGGAAUUGUCCCGAAGACACUUCUGGAAGCGCUAAAGGUGUUGAAUAUGGAGAAGGAAUUGGCCGGAAUCCAAAAGUCGGUCAUCCUUAGCACCUGCGCGAUUGUCCGACAAUUUCUCGGUCAGGACUGAAACAGC